GUUGCUGGCUUUAUUUCAGUAUCUCUACAAUGGAUAUAAAUGUAACAUGUAUAGACUUUAUAAGCAGACUUGUUUGUUUCUCAUGUAUUUGCAUCUCCAUAUUGAAUCAAUACAAUGGACUCUGUCAUCAACGUAGUUGUCUCCCAGUUCAAGACCUUUGCUGGGAAUGAUGGAUCCUCAAACACCCUGAACAAAGAGGAGUUCAGCAGCCUGGUGGCCUCUCAACUACCUGCUUUUGUUAAGAAUACCAGCGAUAAAGGCGUCAUCGAGCAGCUCGUAGGUUCGUUGGAUGAAAACAACGACAGGGAGCUGACGUUCUGACAGCUGAUUGGAAAACUUGCCAACAAACAAGGGGGCUUUUAG